CGGCGGGUCCGGGUGCCAGAAACACGGGAUUAACGUGCGAACUCACUGGCACACGGUAGCACAGCCAUUUUUCUCCCCCUCCCCUGUAUUUAUUCCCCACGCACACACACGCGCUAAUUAGCCCAUUUUAGCACCGAAUUGCUCCCCGCUAUAAGAGGUCCUCUUGCUUAGCGAUGCCGGCAGCUGUUUUGACGGGAGGCACCUGCCCGAAGCGCCUGCCUUCCCCCUGAGCACAAAGGAGGCCCGUCCCCAAGCUUCCCGCAGGAUCCUGACGGGGCCAUCCCGGGAGCUGCUGCAGAGCCGGACCGCGCCGCCCCCCACGCCCGCUGCCAGCCCCGGCGCUGGGUGGGCUGCGCUGGGUGGGCUGCAGCGGGCUGCUGCAUCGGCGCGAAGGAGGACGGAUGGAUGUCGCCGGUCCGUAGGGGCUGGCCAGCGGGUGGAUCUCCGGCCGGCGAGGCUGCCUGCUCAGCAGUUCAUGGUCCAGCGGGCGCUGGAGCCAGCGCUUGCAGCAUGCCUGCAUCGAUUUAAAACCAGCCACCAGAAGCAAGCCUGCAUCGAGCCAGAGCGGCGGCCGCUGCUGGCGGUUCAUCAUGAAGGAACAGCUUUAUGCCUCUGGGAGCACCUGACUGGAUGGAUGCUUUUGUCUCAGCUGCAGCAAAUUUUGUGGGGGGAGACCUGAGAGCCAGCUGAAAUCCGCUUGCGAUUGCUUUGUCAAGUUCGGGGCUUCUCUUCUCCCGGCAUUGCAGGGACGCAGCCCGGCUCCCCCGGAGACCCCCGCUGCCUCGGCUACUUCUGUGAGUUCAGGGUCGGCAGGACCCCUGGGCAGCGUCUGGGACCCAGCCCUGCGCUGCUGGGCAGCCUGCAGCCCGCGUCAGGCCGGCCGGGGGCUCUGGCUGCGACCUGGACGGUGGCUAACGGUGUACGGAGGGCGCGAUGCAAGUGUCCAUCGCCUGCACAGAGCACAACUUGAAGAGUCGAAAUGGUGAAGACAGGCUCAUCAGCAAGCAGAACACCACUACCCCAAACGUAGUGAAUGCAGCCCGGGCAAAAUUUCGGACAGUGGCUAUUAUUGCUCGCAGUUUGGGGACAUUUACCCCUCAGCACCACAUUUCAUUAAAAGAAUCCACUGCAAAGCAAACGGGCAUGAAAUAUAGAAACCUUGGAAAAUCCGGAUUGAGAGUCUCGUGCCUCGGGCUGGGGACAUGGGUCACUUUUGGAGGUCAAAUCUCAGAUGAGGUGGCUGAGCAGCUGAUGACCAUCGCCUACGAGAGUGGCGUCAACCUGUUCGACACAGCUGAGGUGUAUGCAGCUGGCAAGGCUGAGGUCAUCCUGGGGAACAUCCUGAAGAAGAAGGGCUGGAGGAGGUCCAGCCUGGUCAUAACAACAAAGCUGUACUGGGGUGGAAAAGCUGAAACAGAAAGAGGGCUUUCGAGAAAACACAUCAUUGAAGGGCUGAAGGCAUCUCUCCAGAGGCUGCAGCUGGAGUAUGUGGACGUCGUCUUUGCCAACCGGCCAGACAACAAUACGCCCAUGGAAGAAAUUGUCCGAGCGAUGACACAUGUAAUAAAUCAAGGCAUGGCGAUGUACUGGGGAACGUCGCGCUGGAGCGCUAUGGAGAUCAUGGAAGCCUACUCCGUAGCCAGGCAGUUUAACAUGAUACCACCUGUGUGUGAACAAGCUGAAUACCAUCUUUUCCAAAGAGAGAAAGUGGAGGUUCAGCUGCCGGAAUUAUAUCACAAAAUCGGAGUCGGGGCAAUGACUUGGUCUCCACUGGCCUGUGGGAUCAUCUCAGGGAAAUAUGGCAAUGGUGUCCCUGAAAGCUCAAGGGCUGCACUAAAGUGCUACCAGUGGCUGAAAGAGAAAAUCAUCAGCGAGGAAGGCAGGAAGCAGCAGGGGAAGCUGAAGGACCUGUCGCCCAUCGCCGAGCGCCUCGGGUGCACGCUGCCCCAGCUGGCUGUCGCAUGGUGCCUGAGAAAUGAAGGGGUGAGCUCCGUCCUUCUGGGAUCUUCCAACCCAGAGCAGCUGAUAGAGAACCUUGGAGCCAUACAGGUCCUUCCAAAGAUGACAUCCCAUAUUGUAAACGAAAUAGAUAAUAUUCUGGGAAAUAAGCCCUACAGCAAGAAGGACUACAGAUCAUAAUGCAAUGCAUGAAUUACCUGGACUGCAUGGUUUAAAAAGUGCUCUGUACAGAAGUACAGCCCCGAAUUAAUAUCCGGUCAUGAGAAUCAUUCAGCAGCUUGCUGCUUGGUGUCUACUGUCACUGGAUCCUUUGAGAUGUGUGCUGUUGCUACUAAUCUGCAGUGAAAUUUAAAAGCACAGUUAUCUCUCUUCUAACCAAGAAUGAUCUUGUAUUUUCUUAACUUCAACUGAAUUCAUUUUUUACUUUACUCUUAGCACCUCAUGCUUGUGCUGUGGAAAACACUUGUAAAGCAAAAAAUAAUUUAUAACCUUCAGGUACUUGGUAAUUAAAGAAGGAUGUACAGAUCUAUUUUUUCAAUGAAGAAAAGCCAGACACAAUUUAAGGUUUUAAUAAAACCAUAUUUGGGAAAUCUCAA